AAAUGCAUUUCGGGAUGACGAGGGGACUUGAAGCUGGAGGUGGGUGAUGGGAGGAGGAUCCAGCCUCCUGCUGCACACACUCGUAUCUUGGUUCGUGUGCCGAUCGCUGGCAGCUCCCACUGCACGUUCAUGGAGCUCAGAAUCGGGGAGUGAAAACUUGGUGGCAGGAAGGCGUGGAGGGAGUGUGGUCGCCACUGCCGAGCUUGAGGAACACCACCCAUCCGAUGCGAUAGACGGUGUUCUGAGCGAAGACAAUGGCUGGUCAUCUCUUGCUCAUGGCCUCAGAAAGCCAAGAAUCAUUUUCAUCUUGCCGCAAGAUAGUGUCGUGAAUGAAAUAGUCCUAUUUUCUGGCUACGGGAGAAAUGACCGACGGAUCGUAUCCUGCAGGUUAUGGUACUGGCCAGCAGGGAACCACAAUGCCCUGCAGGAAUACCUAUUUUCGUCCUCAAGGAUGAUGAAUGGUGACUUCCAAGGAUGGGAGGAGUUAGAUCGCUUCACAGUAACCAGUACCGGAGUUGUUCCUCUUGCAAACACGUUCUUUGCGCGAUCGCACAGGUAUGUCUUCUCUGGCAUGCCGGAGAUCAGGCUACUCAUCCACAAGAUUGAUCUAAGAGCCAUUGCUCUGCAAGUUGAUCUCGUCGACAACGAUUCUCACAAGUUCAUCCUAAACGAAUUUGUGGUCCUGGGAAACAAGAAGUUGACUUUUUCUGAGCAACUGCAGCGGUCGAACCCAUGGAAGGAGAGGGGCCAGCACCAGUCUUGCAUCGAUAUGCGGAGUUUCUUCCACCUCGUUGAAGAGAGGAACAUGAGUCUGAGAGAAACCCUGCGGUCAAUGACGGAGGGGCGUUGGGUGAGAAGCAGGAGCUCCAAUAGCGUCGGAGAAUAUCGCUGCAAGAUUAGGAGAAAUGAGAACUGUGAACAUCAUCAUCCGCUCUCUUGGGCUUCUGACAUACAAGUUCCUUCCUUCCAACGGGUGCAAACAGGAAGCGAGUGGAAGGAUUUUGCUGUCCCUGAAUCUUUCCUUCAUCUCUGCGGCGGAAACUUGAGGUAUCAAAAUCCAGAAGCGUGCUCGGGCGCAAUCGCGAUGUCCAAGAGCGCGUGCGGAGGUUCUGUACAAGUGCACUUCGUGGAGGCCUGGCAUCGUCAGCAUAUCACAUCGGCCAUGUCGGCAAUCGCUGAUGUCUCUCUGGCCUCGUCUGAGCGAGCGCACGACUUGUUCGUCAUCGACGGUUGUGGGCUUCACUUUAUCCUUGGAGGCGAUGGCCUGCGCGCCGGUUUCGACGGGUACAUUCCAGACUUACUGGAUGCCUUCAAGUCGGCUAAGUCAGCAAGAGACCAGCAUCUUGAAACAAUCUUCAUCAAGAGCCUCAUCGAGCCUUAUACCACCAAACGCCCGGAAAAUGUAAUCAACAACUGGAACAUCGCGUCCAUGAACCAGGCAGCGAUAGAGUGCAUACAGCAUGUUUUGGUGCACGGAGCAGCGUCAUGCCCAGAUGAUACCAGCAUGGAGGACUCCAACAUCCCUGCAGCUGAGGAAAACGAGGGCAUCUUGAUCUUGGACUCCUGGCGCAUGGCCGGCAGGGCUGCAGGCAGCGACAGGUAA